AUGAGGUCAUCAAACUUCCGUUUUAAUUUCCGGCAACGUAGCCGCAUCCUCCAUUUCGACGUGCACCCUUGCAGCUUCCGUCUUCCUUUCAUGACGACACAACGCUAUCUUCAUCAUAACGUCGUGACAUAUAUACUAAGGGACGGAUCGUCCUCCGAUCCUAUUGCCUUUGCCCUCACUAAAUAUGAGUUCCCAAAUGUCCAAGAUGGGUAA